GAAAACGUGGAAGAGUACAUGCUCUCUCGCACCGGCCACCCUCAUAUCGUUCGAUUGUUCGGCAGCUUGGUGGUCGAAGGGAGGAGGUGCCUCCUCCUGGACUACUGCGGGAAUGGUUCGUUGCAGAAUUAUCUGGCGACCCGGCGAACCCUCCCCUUGCCCGUGGUGCGACGAAUUUUCCUUUCUCUCCUGGCCGGUGUUAAGAAGAUGCAAUGCCAAGGCAUCGUUCACCGCGAUAUCCGCCCCGAACAAGUGCUGCUGGGAUCGGCGAUGACCGUCAAGCUCGCAGAUCUGGGACUGGCGGAUGAAUGUCUUCCGAAUCGACGUUUCUCCUCGUUCCGCACGCCGUCCCCGUACGCCGCACCCGAAAUAUUUGAGAGUGAGGGGUGUGGGCAGGCUUUCGAGGACUGCUUGCGGAGCGACGUCUGGAGCGUGGGGGCCAUCGCGUAA